AUGGCCACAAUCACAUCACCACGCAGCGAAUCGCCCGCGAUCGGUUUGUCUCGAAUCACGUCGCCCACGAUGGCCAGUGCAAGCGUGACCCCGACGUCGUCGGUGCGUCCGUCAUUGGACAUCCCGCGAACCAACACUCCGUCGCCAGCCCCUCAGCAGCAUGCAUUUGCGUCUGCGUCUACAUCUACCACGUCCCAUCGACGCAACCGCGCCGCCCUGCGCGACUACUACAACCUCAAAGGGCGGGGUGCGUCGGGUGCGGGCGCUGCGCAUGCGCAGGACCACAACCUGAGCCGGACGGCAAGCAUGGCGUCCAACGCAUCCGCCUCGACCGUCACCUCGAUCGUGCCUUCGGCGGAACCGUCGGAGCUGCUGUCAUCAGCCCCGUCGUCAUUGACCGCGCGUCUGGACGACCCGGACUUCGAGGCCGAAUCAUACGUGUCCGACUUGCUCAAGACGGCCGGGUUGCGCGACAUCCUCAGAACGGAAAGCACGCUGGUCAGCGAGAUCCGGAACCUCGACGGCGAGCGGAAAGCCUUGGUCUACGACAACUACAGCAAAUUGAUCAAGGCCGUGGGCACCAUCGCUGAGAUGCAGAAGGGCAUGCACAAGCGGGAGCAAGAUAGAUUUGGCACACUGGAAACUGGGGUCGGGAUCACGAUCCAAGUCCAGAAAGAACAGACACAAACCCCAGGGCUCGAUGGCGUGGAGAAGCUGGCAGAGAAAUUAGAUGGUCUGCUCAAUCUGGUCAGAGACUUGGCCCCUACUACGACUACCGACCCAGACCGGUCGAGGCAGCUGCUCGAGGCGAGAAAGCAGACACGGCAGAAGGAGAUGGUCAAAUGGGCUUUGGCCGCGCCGUCACGGUUGCAGGCCAUGCUUGAGCACGGCCACCAGGAUCAGGCCCACAAGGAGUAUAAAUCCGUCGUGGGUUUGUUGGAUCAGUGGGAAGGUGUCGGUGGAGUGCAUGAGUUAAGAGCGAGGUGUGACAAGGUCAUAGAACCAGCCGCCGUACAAACGGAAACGGGUCUAGAGCGGGCGCGGCGGGAUGAUGUCGAUGACCCUAGCUGA